AUGGCUGCAAAGGAAACAUCGCAGAACGAAUCAGUAUCACAACCAACGGGGAAGAGAGCGGACUACCGGCUUCUUGCGGAGCUGCGAAGUUUUUUCAAGAUCAACUACGGCACAAUCGUCAAACCGGAACCUUUCAGGUUUCUUUGCCUCCCAGCUGAGGUCAGAAACAGCAUAUACGAAAUCCUUCUCGUGUUUCCCGGUCGCACAAGGUGGAUAUGGGGCUACCGACACCAGGCGGACGCAUCUGUGACGGCGGAUUUUCCCAACGAGAUUCCUGGACGUGGACUACUCAGUACCAAUCGCCAGAUACGCCGAGAAUCUCUAUCGUGCCUUAUCGGUCAAAACCACUUUCAUUUGAACGCUCUUUGGUUGGCAUCGUUCCUGGAGAGCAGCACGCAAGUUGACCUGAACGGCAGUCUUGAGCGCGUGAUGAUUGGAUCAUACUUGAGGCGGAUCACGCUCACCAUUACCCUUACGUGGCAGAAGCACAUCACACGAGAGCAGUCCAAGGGGAUCAAAGCAUACACGUGGUAUUGGGAGAGCGAUACUCUGUGGGCUGAUAUUAAGAAGUUGCCUAAUGUCCGACUUGAGGAGCAUUGGGAUGGUGACACUCUUGACCAGCUCGGCCUGAGCACCGCCUUAAUGCUUGACUGA